AUGGGACAAGAGGAGAGCCACAGUGAGGAGAUGGACCUGCAACAGAUCCAGGACCUGUGCAUCAUUUUCAUGAAGGAAUGUCCCAGCGGUGCCCUGCACCUACAUGAGUUCAAGAGGAUCUUCGGGGUACAGAGCAGCUCUGCAGAGGAGUCCCUCUACAUUGAGACAAUAUUCCGCUCUUUUGACACAAAUCGGGAUAACACACUUGAUUUCCUCGAGUAUAUAGCAGCACUUCACUUGAUCUUACGGGGGAAUAUUGAAGAUAGACUCAAGUGGUCCUUCAAGAUGUAUGACAAGGACGGGAAUGGAAAGUUGGACAGGCAGGAGGUGAAACGGAUCAUAAGGCUGAUGUGUCAAAUG